UCCGCUUUGGCUCCAUUCUGCUCAUUUCUUCUCGAGAAAGGCUUGUUUCCUUCUCAAGUAGUCAUGUCCGGACGCGGGAAGCAGGGCGGCAAGGCGCGCGCCAAGGCCAAGACGCGCUCGUCGCGGGCCGGGCUGCAGUUCCCCGUGGGCCGCUGCACCGCCUUGCUCCGCAAGGGCAACUACGCCGAGCGGGUGGGCGCCGGCGCGCCCGUGUACCUGGCGGCCGUGCUGGAGGACCUGACGGCCGAGAUCCUGGAGCUGGCGGGCAACGCGGCGCGCGACAACAAGAAGACGCGCAUCAUCCCGCGCCACCUGCAGCUGGCCCUCCGCCGAGCCUAA